AUGCCUGGAGGUAAUACCGAGAAGGGGCAGCGCUACGGCGCAGCCUUGGACCAGGCGCGGAGCCUAGGAAACUGGGACGAGGUGCCUGAGUUGAUCAGGAAAGUCACAAAACAUGCACCGCAAAGUACUUGCCUGAUACAGACCGCAACGGCCGAAUCGCGAGUGAUUGCACACCUUCAACAACAGUCUACCGGUGACUCCUCGCUAUCACCCACUCUUGUCGAGCUUAUCCCUGCCCUGUUAAUGACAAUCGAGAAGAGCGACGGGUCGCCCCAAGAAUUAUUGCAAGCGCAAGUCUGCCUGGGAUGGAUUCACUGGGUUUUGAAUGAACCUGGGCUUGCGGCUGCACGUCUUCCAAGGGAUUUCGCUACAACAGUCGAGAGUUUGGCCAGUGGUGGCGAGGAACCGAGUACCUGGACCGAGGUUUGCUUGGUGAAGGGGUGCUAUAUCAAAGCUUCUGCACAAUCUAGCGUUGCUAAUACCGACGAGACGCUUGAGACCUUCGCAUCUCUAAUUCCGUGGCUUGAUAGCGGGAAAUUAUCGUCGAUCACCACCCCGCAGUUCCUCAGCUGGUCCGAGUCUCUUCUAGGCAAGGGUGCUCUCUUGGCCAGUCAAGAAGCAAGCAGGAACCCGGCCUACGCGGAUCCCAGGCAUGUGGAUUCCGCUUUGCGACUACUUCGAUUGUGGGCGGCCCAUCCUUCUGUGAAGCAAGGAACGCCUGCUACAUCCAAUGUGGAUGACUCCGCACCGGCUUCCCGGUCAUCGAUCUGGACUGGCUACUACGCAUUUCUCACAACCAUCCUGCAGAAAGGACUACCGUACACCGGUCCCAAUGACGGACCGCAUCGUCCUCAGCAGGCCAACGAAUUGCGCCGCGUAGAGACCAUCUGCGAGGGUAGUUUUCUCCGUGAGACCAGAUUCCCUACCGCUGAAUCCCAUAACUCGCAAGUCGAGGAAUGGAUCGAGCAGGUUAUCAGCAAUUGGGAAAUUAUGUGUGGCCCUGAAUGGCAAGACUCGGAUCUUGGCGAGGGAGGCCAGAAUGCCAUUGGUCGCAAUGUCUUGGAUGUGAGUAUGCGCAUACCAACUGCCGGUUCUAAUAUACUAACAAUCUGGCUCCAGAUCUUGUAUCGCGCGGCAACAAAGACUUAUCACUCUCAUCUAGUGCUGCGUCGUCUUUUCCAUGUCCAUUCCGCUUUGGCGGACUUUGAUCUCGCAUUAAAGGCGCUUGAUUCAUAUAUUGAAAUUGUCACCGCCGCUAAAGAAAGAGCCCAAAAGUCAGCCGAAUAUGGUGAGCUGGAGAAGGAUGAAAUCCUUCUGCAGACACUCUCCGAAGGCGUAACCCUACUGAGUUGCCUUGGCUCCUUGGAAGAGGCAGAGAAAGCUCGCGAUCUUACUGAUAUGAUUAAAGAGUAUAUUGAUAAGCAUGACGCACCUGUCACAAAUGGCCAUGCUAACGGUGACUCUUCAAACUCAUUAAUCAUCCCUCCUGCGGUGCUGGCUUCAUCGUACCGUGCCAUCGGUGUUGGUCUUGCAUGCUGGGCAAACUGGACCCCCGUUAAUGAACUGCGCGAUGAGAUUAGGUCUGAAGCAAUCGAAUAUCUCGAGAAGAGUCUUGCACCAGAGCUAGGAUGCAGCUCAAGCUACGCCUCCCUGUACACAUUGGGUCUUGUUUUGGCCGAGAACAGGGAGCUGGAUGCUGCAAUUGACUAUAUCAAAUCCGCAUUGACUCCAAGUGGCUCACCCCCAGCAGACUCUGAUGAUCUCUCAAAGGAGCGAGAUUUGAUUCCCCUUUGGCAUUUGCUGGCAUUGCUUCUUAGUGCGAAGCAGGAAUUCGAGAUUGCGGGUCGCUCCUGCGAAGCUGCAUUCGAGCAAUUUCCGCGAGACAUAUUUUCUAAGGGCAUCCGUGAUCGACGGUUAUCAAGACACGCACAAAAUUUCAGCCAGCGCCCAGUUGUCAGCCGAUUGCAAGGCAGGGAGAAGGAGCGCAUCAUUCAAACUCGCAUCACACAACUUGCUUUCAUUGAGCUUUUGGAAGGCCCUGAAGCCGCUGUUAACCACAGUUCACAGAUUCUGAGUCUAUUUGGGACCCUAUUCCAGAAUCUUGAACUCGAAACUGGGCAACCCAAAGCCAAAGACGACCAUCUUGUGCCGCCAAAGAGCUCUGCUGGAACAACGAAGAGUUUCCGUAGCAGCAUCUUCGGUCGAAGAAUGUCUCAAUUGCCGGAUCGAAGUGUCAGUCAUACUAACGGCUUGGACUCCUCUAUUCCGCCUACACCACCCAUUCCUGCUGGCCACCUGUCUGAGGCCCCUUCGAUUCAAGUCACAGAUGAAGACCCUCAGAAUCGCCAAGGAAGGCAGUCCACGGUUCAAAGGACAGAUUCUAAGAGACUGAAGAAGAAGCGGAGCUCAAGCUUCCACAGACACGAACGCCCACGUGUCGAGGAGCCUCCGCUCCCUAAUGGCAUUGAAACAUCUGCGGAUAUGGUCGGUAUUGCCGUUUCUGGAAACUCCACACCAGACUCUGCUGUCCAGUCUGUCAGGGGCAAGCAUCCACUGCCACCGAUACCACACAACGUCAAUUACAAGCAAGAAGCUCUCCCUGUCGGUCAUAGAGAUCAACCUCCACAGCAAGACAUCCGGCAGCCGAGGCCUCAUCGCUUUGACUCUCCCACAAACGCUAUCACAAAGUUCUCUUUGGUCCAAUCCCAGAAGCAAGCGUUAGGCCUGCUUGUCAAAAUCUGGCUUGUCAUUGCUGGACUGUACCGUCGGGCGUCCAUGUUUGAUGAUGCCCACGAAGCUUGUGAAGAGGCUUCGAAACAAGUCGCACGAGUCGAAGCGCUUGUUGCGUCCAUUGAGUCAUCUGCUCGGUCCUUCAACAAGCGUGGAUGGGGUGCAUCAAAGAGCUCCGAGGAGCUGUGGGCCGACGUAUACGCGGAGCAGGGACUUUUGUCUCAGGCUCGUUCGAACCCUCAUCAGGCUAUCAGGUACUUCGAGGACGCGCUGCUUCGUUACCAAAACCACCCGAUUGCAACCAUUGGGCUUGCAAACCUUCUCUUGGACAUAUGGGACGAGAAACUCUCCCUGGAACCCUCGAAUGCCGACGUAGAUCUCAACGCCUCACGUCUAUCGUUGCUAACGGAGACCCCUAAGCCCAAGUCUGCGAAGGCAAUCUCCACUGACGACUUGAAGAUCGCGCGCGAGACAGAAAACGAGGAGCCGGAGAAUGCACCCACUUCCGCACAGGACGUCGAGCCCAAGCAACUCCAUCGUCUGGCGGCUCGCGAUCGUGCAUAUGCCCUCCUAUCAGCCUUGACCAAGCUCGGUAGCUCCUGGGAUAGCUCGGAGGCGUGGUACGCGCUCUCAAGGGCAUACGAAGCCGGCGAGCAAAUCGAAAAGCUGAAGGAAGUGCUGUGGUGGUGUAUUGAAUUGGAGGAUCGACGACCAAUCCGUCACUGGUCGAACAUUGGCUCUGGUGUCUAUGUUCUCUGA